CACAUCAGUGUAUUCAGCAGUUCAUCUCUGAGCUCUGACUUCUUUGAAUGAAGCCAGAGCUCUGGGUAACAUCUUCAGAUAGAGAGAGAGAAAGAGGCUUUUGGACCUCCUGAACACAGGGAGCCCAGAGAAUGGUGCGGGAAGGGAAAGCAGAAUCCUGCUUCCAUGUGAGGCUCUGGUGUAUCGUGGUACUUUGCUUAGUCCUCCUCAGUGCAUGUUUCAUUGUGAGCUGUGUGGUGACUUAUUAUUUUACAUAUGGCAACACUGGCAAAAGGCUGUCUGAACUGCACACACACCAUUCAAGUCUAACCUGCUUCAGUGAAGGGACAAGGGUGACAGAAAAGAUUUGGGCAUGUUGCCCAGGUACCUGGAAGCCGUUCGGUUCCAGCUGCUACUUUAUUUCUUCUAAAGAGAAUUUCUGGGCUAAGAGUGAGCAGAACUGCGUUGGGCUGGGAGCUCACUUGGUGGUGAUCAACACAGAAGCAGAGCAGGAUUUCAUUAUCCAGCAGCUGAAUAAAACAUUUUCUUAUUUUCUGGGACUCUCAGACCCACAAGGGAAUGGCAACUGGCAAUGGAUUGAUCAGACACCUUACAAGGAAAAUGUCAGAUUUUGGCACCAAAAUGAACCCAACUUUUCUGCAGAGGAAUGUGCUUCAAUUGUUUUCUGGGAUGAGAGAGGAUGGGGCUGGAACGAUGUUUUCUGUGAUUCUAAAAGGAAAUCAAUAUGUGAGAUGAAGAAGAUUUACCUAUGAGUGUAACCUUAUUCACUAACAUCUUUAAAAUUUAGACCCAUUGUAAAAAUAUAAUUUCCUUUUGUAACUUACGAUAAUCCUUAUCAUAUCAGGUCAUGGGGAUAUUCCAAUGCCUUUCUCUCUUCAGUUCUUCCUCUUCUAUUAACCUCUUUUCCACUAAUCUUAGGAUGAGCUUUCCUUUAUUAUUAUUAUUUUUUGUUUAGUUUGUUAUUCAUUCUUUUCUUCUCUUUUUUUUCAUACCUCUUUUCAACAUUCUUUGUUCCAGAUAUUGUACUAUUUUGUCUAUUAAAAGACUUUGUUGUUGUUUA